AUGCAACAAAAUACGCUGUUGCCAAAUUCUUCUCAUAAGAACAAUACGACAAACAACAAUACCACAACAAUGGAAAAUUGUUCAGCAUUGGACUCAUCGAGUAAUGCAAGUAGUGUAGAAGGUAAAUGUUCAGCUACGACAAAUUCUGCUGUACUUUCAUCAGGAAUUAAUCAUUCGGAUAAUUACAGUGCAAGUCUUCAUCAUCAACCAGAAGAAGAAGAAGAAAUUUUACACUUUGAUUCCUCUGCUUGCUCUUCCUCAAAACAAAAUAGUAGUGAAAAUAAUGCAUUACUCUCUGCUGGGGAGAAUGAAAAAAGUAGUCAAGCUAAUUUUACAGCUUCAUUAUUGUCUUCUUCAUUAAAUAAUUAUUCUGAAAUUAAUUCUUCUGAAUUGAAUGAAGUUGUAAAUAAUAGUAGUAGUACUAGUUGUAGACUAAAUAGUCAUAUAGGAACUUCCGAACCUAUUGAUGAAUCAACAAGUUGUUUUCGGAGAUGUAAUUCUCUUAUUCAACAAUUGUUAUAUAGAAUUCAACCUUCUUCCGAGUCUGAAAAACACAGAAAAGAAGUGUUUGAUAUUAUUGCUGCAGUGCUAGAGUUAGCCAACCUGAAAACAUAUUUAUAUGGAUCAGUAGCUUUUAAAACUUAUUUACCUGAUGGAGAUAUAGAUUUAAGUGUGUUUGUGAGUAAUGAAGAAUACUUGGAGCUUUCAUCACAGAAUGUAAAUAAUUUGUUAAGUCAUCAACCUCAAGUUAAUGAUUCAACAAUUUCUUAUGUUCAUAAUGUUUUAUUAAAGAAUAUGCAUAUUGGAUUAAAACAACAAUUAGCAGACCCAUCAAUACCAUGGUACAACAAGGCAAGAAGUUUAUUUUCAGAAAUUCAGAGAAAUAAUCUUGCUUAUAUUGAGGAUAUGACAUUUAUUAAUGCUGAAGUUAAAUUAAUCAAAUGUACGGUUAACAACAUUCCUAUUGAUAUGUCAUCAGGUCAAAUUGGAGGUUUAUCCACUUUAUGUUUUUUGCAUGAAGUUGAUGAUAAGAUUGCUGAUAAUCAUCUAUUUAAGAGGAGUAUCAUUUUAAUGAAAUCAUGGUCUUACUAUGAAAGCAGAAUUCUGGGAUCUCAUCAUGGUUUAGUAUCAACAUAUGGAUUAACUGUCUUGUUAAUGUAUAUGUUCCGUUUGUACAAAAUUGAAACACCACUUCAGGCACUUUAUAGAUUUUUAAAUUAUUAUAGUACCUUUGAUUGGACUAAUUUUGGUAUUAGUAUUUAUGGUCCAAUACCUUUAGGAGCUAUUAACGAUCACAAAAGUAUUGAAGAUUUUUAUUACGAAAAUUUACCACCUGAAAGACACGACUCUCUCACGAGUUCAUUCCUUCAAUCAUGCAAAUCCAAAUAUGGAACAGUUGACUCCUCCAAGACAUUUACGAUCAAAAAUUUAAAUAUUGUAGAUCCUUUGAGAGAUUUUAACAAUUUAGGAAGGAGUGUGAAUUACAAUAAUUUUCUUAGAAUACGGAGAGCAAUUAAAAAAGGCUCAAAGACAAUUACUGACAUUUUGAUUUCAAAUGAUUUAAUGGAGUCAGAAAAAAUUUUGAAAUUAUUCUUUAAGAAUGUAGUUGAAAAAUAUAUUACAGAUCUUCCAUCAUUUAUUCAACAACAUGAUAAGGAAACAAUUAUAAAGGUAGAGGAUAGUGCUAGUGUAUUUGACUCUAAAUUGGAAGAUUGCAGAAAUUGUUUGGAAACUGCACACAGUUUACUAGGUAUCAAUGCAUCACCAAAUGCCAACAAUAGAUCUGUAGAAUCAUCUGUAUCCUCAACGAGUUCACAACCUAUAGAAACAACACCAACAAAAAGCAUUCCAGUCCCUACAACACCACCAAAGAGAAGUAAUUCAUUCAGUAAUUUUAUUGCUUCACCUUUAAGUCCAUUGAACAGUUCUGCAAUCUACACAAGAAACCUUUCAUUGAUGCACAGAAAUAGUGGAUCAUCAAUAGCUCAAUUGGGAAGUAGUAUGUUAGCAGCUGCUCAUUCUGGAAAUAUCAAUCCAAAUAAUAUCACACCAAUAAGAAAUUCUCAACACAUGGAAAUACCAGGUGAUAUUCCAGUUAAGAGUGAUUCUGCAGAUUUAACUGUUACAUACAGUCCAUCAAAACAAAAAUCAAAAAAGAAUCCAAAAGAGAAUGAAAACAUUGAUCCAAAUAAGUUUGAAAAAGUUCACAAGCAAAGAACCCCUCGCUCAAAUUCCAAAGCCAACAGACAAACACCAGAACCAAAGAAAGAAACAAAAAAGCAAGUAAAGUGAUUGUAGUGUACUUUAUUAUA